AUGGCAGUUCGGGCGGUCGGACAACGCCUUGGCAUGAGAUCCAUCGGCCCCAUCUCAACACAGGCUCUAACGCGCGUGGCCUGGCAUCUAUGCCGCAUCUUUGUCUCGCUCUCGCUGCUGUGGGUCGACAAUACGAUCCUGCUGAUUGUCGGGUGCCUAGCUCGUCUCCGCCGGAUCGUCAGCCGGCGACAGGCCACACUACGAAAUGUUCGGUUCUAUCCCAAGUCGGUCCUCGUUACUGGAAUUGGCACGCCGUCUGGCUUAGCCCUUGCGCGGGCCUGGGAGGCAGAAGGUCACCGCGUCGUGGGUGCCGAUGUCGCCGAUCUGGACCUCCCCGUGCGCUCGGGUGGGAGCAUGUCUAAGACCCUGGUGGCCUUCUACCGCGUCCCCAAGGAUCACUACAUCUCUAGGCUGCUGGAUAUCAUCCAUCGCGAGAAGGUCGAUGUGUGGAUCCCGUGCUCGCCCAAGGCCAACGUGAUCGAGGAUGCCACGGCCCGGCAGGUUAUCGAGAGUCGCACGAACUGCAAGUGCAUCACCUUCGAUGUCGAGUUGACGGCCUGUUUUGUUCAACCAGAAUCCUUUCGGCGGUGGGUGGCAGAGAGGGAUCUGCCUGUGGUGGAACGUCAUCAGGUGCAGUCGCGCGACUCUGUGCACAAGAUCUUGCACCGCUCGCCGACCAAAUCCUAUCAGAUGCGCCGUCUUGGGUUCGAUGAGUCGGCCGUCAUCUUGCCGAAACGCACUCUCAGCAAGACUUACACUAGGGUGAGCGAGAUUCAAAUCUCCAAGGAUCGUCCCUGGGUCCUGCAGCAGCAGCCCCGGCUGGGUGAGUUCAUUGCAGACUUGCUGGUUGUGCGCGGCCAUGUCCAUGCCAUCGGGAUCCGGCCUGCCGGGGCUCGCUCUUCGCAGUUUGGCUCAUCGCUACUGGAUGAGGCUCUGGCCAUGGCUAUCCAUCGACUCAUGCAGCGCUUUGCCAUGGCAGGCGGGGUUCGUAUGACUGGCCAUCUAUCGGUCCGUCUUAUGGUCGACCAAGAGUUUGAUGCACACUCCGUGCGACAUGCAAUCCAUAUCGCUGGCUGUACUCCUGGUGCCGAGGUGAUCGAGUACUUGUUUGACAAUACCCCCCACUCUGUGGCUGGGUACCUGGCGGUGCUGUCCUCCGAUCCCGUGGAGACGGCUGCCUGGCCGGCAAAUGUGACCCGGUCAUCUACGUCACGCCCAACGCUGGCAUGGGCAGAGCAGGCUAGGGCCUUCCCUCUUCUCUCGUCCAUUGCACCUUGGAUUCUCCUUCCACAGGCGAUCCGAGUCCUGCGAGUAGAAAUUACCCCGUUUUUGUUCUGGAAGGACCCGCGGUUUUCGCCGGCGGAUCCUCUCCCUUGGUGGUGGCAUGUGCAUGUUUACCAGCCGUUGCGAGAGGUCUGGCUGUUGAUGAAGCAGAACCGAGAGUCAGGACUGGUGGGUUGA